AUGCCUAUCUCCAUCCCAAAAGCAAACCACCUUCUCGACCUCCUGUCCCUCAAGGGCAAGGUCGUCGUCGUUACUGGUGCCUCCGGCCCACGAGGCAUGGGUAUCGAAGCUGCGCUAGGUUGUGCUGAAAUGGGUGCGGACGUUGCCAUCACAUACAACUCAAGAUCGAAGGGCGCGGAGGAGAACGUCGCAAGAAUCCAGAAAGACUAUGGCGUCAAGGCCAAAGCAUACAAGUGCCAGGUAUCAGACUUUAGCUCUGUCGAGCAGCUCGUCAAGGAUGUUGUUCAGGACUUUGGCAAGAUUGACGGCUUUGUGGCCAAUGCCGGUGCUACAGCUGAUGCUGGUAUCAUUGACGGUACUGUCGAGCGUCUGAAUGAGGUCAUUACUGUCGACUUGCUCGGAACUGCAUACUGUGCAAAGGCUGUUGGUGCUCACUUCAAGGAGCGAGGUACUGGUUCCUUUGUCAUCACAUCCUCCAUGUCAGGCCACAUUGCCAACUUCCCACAAGAGCAGACCUCAUACAACGUUGCAAAGGCUGGCUGCAUCCACAUGGCCAAAUCUCUUGCCAAUGAAUGGCGAGACUUUGCCCGUGUCAACUCAAUUUCUCCAGGCUAUAUCGAUACUGGUCUCUCGGACUUUGUGGAGAAAGAUAUUCAGGAUCUGUGGAUGAGCAUGAUUCCAAUGGGCCGAAACGGUGACGCUAAGGAGUUGAAGGGUGCCUACGUCUAUUUCUUGAGCGAUGCCAGCACUUACACUACUGGUGCUGAUCUACUCAUCGAUGGUGGUUACACUUGCAGAUAG